AUGGACGCGGAGUCUGCUAUGGCUACGGAGACCGAUCACGAUCCGUCGUCAGAGCAGCCUAGCGCGGCUAAUGGUUCGGGCCGGCCCGCAGAACCCGAAUCCGAGACCUCCUCGUCCCAGCAACACAGUAAUAAUAGCGAUAAUAACAUGAACAAUAGUAGUUACAGCGGUGGUGGUGGUGGUGGAGCAGCUCUGGCGGCAGGGCCACGGUGUGCGCCGACGUACAGUGUGGUGAACGCAAUAAUGGAGAAGAAGGAAGAUGGCCCGGGGCCUAGGUGCGGGCACACGCUGACGGCUGUCCCAGCCGUUGGUGAGGAGGGGAGCCCAGGGUAUAUUGGCCCCAGGUUGAUUCUUUUCGGAGGAGCUACGGCGCUUGAGGGGAAUUCCGGGCAGUCGGGGACUCCAUCGUCCGCCGGAAGUGCUGGAAUUCGGUUGGCUGGAGCUACUGCCGAUGUACACUGUUAUGAUGUUUUGACCAACAAAUGGUCUCGCAUUACUCCAAUUGGAGAACCACCCACACCUCGUGCAGCUCACGUGGCAACUACUGUUGGCACCAUGGUUGUCAUUCAGGGUGGGAUAGGUCCUGCAGGUUUAUCCGCAGAAGAUCUCCAUGUCCUGGACCUUACACAACAACGGCCAAGAUGGCAUAGGGUUGUGGUCCAGGGUCCUGGGCCAGGGCCACGAUAUGGUCAUGUGAUGGCUUUGGUUGGACAAAGAUAUCUUAUGGCAAUUGGAGGGAACGAUGGAAAACGACCGUUGGCUGAUGUGUGGGCGCUGGACACUGCUGCAAAGCCAUAUGAAUGGCGCAAACUGGAACCAGAAGGUGAAGGUCCACCUCCUUGCAUGUAUGCAACGGCAAGUGCUCGCUCUGAUGGUCUUCUUCUGCUCUGUGGUGGGAGGGAUGCAAAUAGUGUGCCACUUGCUAGUGCAUAUGGGCUUGCUAAACAUAGAGAUGGUCGUUGGGAAUGGGCCAUUGCUCCUGGUGUCUCACCAUCUCCAAGAUAUCAGCACGCUGCUGUAUUUGUUAAUGCACGCCUUCACGUAUCUGGAGGGGCUCUUGGUGGCGGGCGCAUGGUAGAGGAUUCUUCAAGUGUGGCUGUUUUGGAUACGGCUGCUGGGGUCUGGUGUGACACAAAGUCUGUUGUUACGAGUCCAAGGACUGGAAGAUACAGUGCAGAUGCUGCCGGUGGGGACGCAGCAGUUGAAUUGACGAGACGCUGUAGGCAUGCUGCAGCUGCUGUUGGCGAUUUGAUCUUCAUCUAUGGUGGUUUACGUGGUGGGGUGCUUUUGGAUGACUUGCUAGUAGCUGAGGACCUGGCAGCGGCUGAGACAACUAGUGCAGCUUCUCAUGCAGCUGCAGCAGCAGCUGCUUCUAAUGUGCAGCAAGGAAGGUUACAAGGUAGAUACAACUUCACUGACGAAAGAAAUGGGACAAAUGUGCUGGAAAAUGCUGCGGAUGGCGCUGUUGUGGUAGGAAACCCUGUGGCUCCCCCUGUAAAUGGUGAUAUUUAUACAGAUAUUAGUACAGAAAACGCAACGCUUCAAGGUUCAAGAAGGUCGAGCAAAGGUGUUGAGUACUUAGUUGAGGCUGCUGCGGCAGAAGCUGAGGCUAUUACAGCUGCUUUGGCGGCUGCUAAAGCCCGGCAGGUUAAUGGAGAAGUUGAGUUUCCCGAUAGAGAUCGUGGGGCAGAGGCGACCCCUAGUGGGAAACAGAUAUCAACCUUGGUCAAACCGGAUUCUGCUAUGUCGAGUAAUUCGGCCCCUGCUGGAGUUAGGCUCCAUCAUCGUGCUGUGGUUGUGGCAGCAGAGACUGGUGGUGCUUUAGGUGGUAUGGUCCGACAGCUUUCAAUUGAUCAGUUUGAAAAUGAAGGCAGGCGCGUCAGUUAUGGAACUCCGGAAAGUGCAACGGCUGCUAGGAAACUUUUAGAUCGGCAGAUGUCUAUCAACAGUGUCCCAAAGAAGGUGAUUGCUCAUCUAUUGAAACCUCGUGGUUGGAAGCCUCCAGUUAGAAGACAAUUUUUCUUGGACUGCAACGAGAUUGCAGAUCUUUGUGAUAGUGCUGAGAGGGUAUUUGCAAGCGAACCUAGCGUACUACAACUGAAGGCUCCUAUUAAGAUAUUUGGUGACUUGCACGGGCAAUUUGGUGACCUUAUGCGGCUUUUUGAUGAGUAUGGGUCACCUUCUACAGCUGGAGACAUUGCCUAUAUUGAUUAUCUUUUCUUGGGAGAUUAUGUCGACCGUGGACAACACAGCUUGGAAACCAUAACUCUUCUCCUAGCUUUAAAGGUUGAGCAUCCCCAUCAAAUACAUCUAAUUCGUGGUAAUCAUGAAGCUGCAGAUAUUAAUGCUCUUUUUGGCUUCCGAAUUGAAUGUAUUGAGCGCAUGGGUGAGAGAGAUGGAAUAUGGACAUGGCACCGGAUCAACAGAUUGUUCAACUGGCUUCCUCUGGCUGCAUUAAUUGAGAAAAAAAUUAUUUGUAUGCACGGUGGUAUAGGGAGAUCAAUUAACCAUGUGGAGCAGAUCGAGAAUAUCCAGCGUCCUAUUGCAAUGGAAGCAGGAUCUAUUGUUCUUAUGGACUUAUUGUGGUCCGAUCCCACAGAAAACGACAGUGUAGAAGGGCUGAGGCCAAAUGCAAGGGGUCCUGGGUUGGUAACAUUUGGGCCUGAUCGUGUAAUGGAAUUCUGUAACAACAAUGAUCUUCAAUUGAUUGUUCGAGCGCACGAGUGUGUGAUGGAUGGAUUCGAAAGAUUUGCACAGGGGCAUCUAAUUACUCUCUUUUCUGCUACAAACUACUGUGGUACUGCAAAUAAUGCUGGUGCUAUCUUGGUUCUGGGUAGAGAUUUAGUGGUUGUGCCAAAGCUAAUUCAUCCUUUACCGCCUGCACUUUCGUCUCCAGAUACCUCUCCCGAACAUCAUAUAGAAGAUACAUGGAUGCAGGAACUGAAUGCCAACAGACCGCCUACACCAACGAGGGGUCGUCCUCAAGUACCUAAUGACCGAGUGAUUUGUACAUAA